AUGUUCAAGAAAGAUAUCCCCCCAAGCAACCGGUCGAAGGUCAAAUCCUCCGUGCAGCGCGGCCUGCGCCAGAAGCUGCUGGAGACAUAUCCCGGCUUUGAGCCAUUCAUUGAAGAUAUUAUGCCCAAGAAGGCUUCAUUGGAAGCCGUGAAACUUCCCGACCGCGUGACCCUCUACACAAUAGACUCCACCCCGCUCUUCUUCCAACCCAUCGACGGACCGCCCGUCCCUCACCUCCGCCUCAUCCACGCCUACCCCUCCGCCAUCCCGACAAUCCAGAUCGACCGCGGUGCCAUCCGCUUUGUGCUCUCCGGCGCAACCCUCAUGGCCCCCGGUCUUACCUCGCCCGGAGGCCGGCUGCCUGAUGCCGAGCAUGCGCUUGAGGCGGGACAGAUUGUCGGCGUUAAGGCUGAGGGUAAGGAGGAGAUUUGCCUGGUUGGUAUGCUGAAGGUUGGCACCGAGGAGAUCAAGAGUAAAGGGAAAGGUGUUGUUAUGGAUGAGGGACAUUAUCUUGGUGAUGGGCUUUGGAGAUUGCAUUUGGAUUAG